CACUGACAGACAAGCAAGCUGAGCAAAUCAGGCUCCAAAAGAGCUUAGCAAAUUGUUUCCAGAUGUUCUAACUUGUCAUUUUUCCCCCACAGCCCAUCCAGCUGCUGGCAGCCACUCUGUGAUGAGAGAGUGCACAUGGUGAGCGGCAGGGUGCAGCAACAGGGCCGGCACUCAGUCUUAAACUAGACGUCCUUUUCAUUUUCAGUGACAUCCUUCACCUCUUGAUCUAAAGGACUAACACGUGGACAGGGAAAUACACAAAGGCAACCAUGCUGCAACAGAUCUUAAAGGAUAUGUACAUAGACCCAGAUGUUCUGGAGGCUUUGAAUGAGGAGCAAAAAAAGACAUUAUUUUUGAAGAUGAGACAGGAGCAGGUUCGCCGCUGGAAAGAGCGUGAGGAGAACCAGGAGCCAUGCAAACCCAAAACAAGGCCAGCUCACAGUAAAAGUGUGACCUGGCUGUUGGGCCAUGAUGGUGAUGUUCAUGUUAAUGUCAUUGCUCACAGUAAAAGUGUGACCUGGCUGUUGGGCCAUGAUGGUGAUGUUCAUGUUAAUGUCAUUGGUGAGAUGGAUGAGUUCAAGUCCUCCAAGCUUCUCCGCUCAGGGUUUUGCGAAAGAAAUGCUGCUAGUCUUUUCAACAAUUCACACAACCAGGAGACCAGUCUGAAGAGUAACCUUGUAAACAGAAUAUCCACAGAACCUGUAUGGAACCUGCGAGAGAAUUUCACUUCAAAAACUCUCUCAGGAGUUCAGCUUAACUUGAAGGAGAACAGGGAAGAAGUGAGGACGUUGCCCCCUCCACAGGUAACAAUGUGUGAAGAGAAGCCACCAUCUCCUGUUGAAAUUAUUAAAGAUGAAGAAGAGGAAGAUGACGCGUGUGAAACUGUGGAUGGGUCGGCACUGCUGUCCUCCCUUUGCUACAGACCCCACCUAUUGUCUAACCCCUCGACGCCUAGUCUCCUGCACAGCCUUGUUUACCGGGACCAACAGGAGAAAAGCACGCCGCUGUCAAUCACCAGCAGACUCGAAGGCCGAAAUGAGCCUUGUGAGCCUCCUGUUAACAGAGGAAAAGAUUUCCGUGUGAUGGCUGCCUCCAAACGCACCGAAUCUGUAGACGGGGAACAGGGAAGUUUGGGACGUGGCCGUGUGGCUCAGCUGAUGAAGACCUUCAGUGUUGCUAGCGAAUCCGCCCCUUCAAAAAGUUCUCCCAGACCCAAACCAACAAUUCCAAAUAAACCCAGCCAUCUGCUGCACCUCUCCUCCAACCCGCUCAGGUAAUCGAUGAAGAGCAUCAGACUGCGUUUCUCAGGAACACCAUGCCAAGAAUGCAAGCCAUCCAGCAUGAUGAUGAGGAUUUAGAUUUAGUAAUUUUUUUAAUGA